UCUAAUCCCAGCUACUCUGGAGGCUGAGGCAGGAGAAUAGUUUGAACUUGGGAGGUGGAGGUUGCAGUGAGCUGAGAUCACGCCACUGCACUCCAUCCUGGGCGACAGAGAGCGAGACUGUGUCCGAAAAACAACGACAACAACAACAACAGCAACAACAACAACAACAAAACCUUAUCUUCUGACUCUUGGCUUGGUGUUCCUUGCUUUACAUGAUACACUCUUAUGUUUUGGGGUGAGGCCCUGUAGAAGUAGUUAAGAGAACUGAUUUUCAUAUUACAUAGACCUGGUUUGGAGUCCUGGCUGUGCACCCUACUUUUGGGUGAAGCCAUAAGGGAUUACUGAUACACCAUUGUUUUUCAACCUAAUAGCUGUGUGACCUUAGGAAUGUUCCUUAGAUUUCCUAAAUUUAGUUCCUGCAGCUGUAAAAUGGUAUAGUAAUAAUAAUACUUGCCUUAAGGUUUGAAGAAAUAAAUGUAACAAUUGCAUACAGCACUUAGCUCAUUUUUUGGCACAUUUGCUGUUGUCAUUUAUAGACUGCAAAUAUUUGCAUAUAGCUUUUUAAUAUUUAUUUAAGGCUUCUAGGGUUUGAAAAUUAAUGAAUACCAACCCCAUUCUAAAGUUACCACUUGCAUUCUAGGAAAUACAUUUUUUUGCUUUGUUUUAGGAUUUAGAAUACGCUUUUUUAUUAAACAGACAAACAAAACAAGUCUGCAUUCUCACAUUUCACCAUUUCACAAAUCUAUUGUGGUAUUUCACAAAUCUAUUUUAUUUUAUAAUGGUAACUUUAUUUAGCUUUUUCUAUUUGCUUUUAUAUUACACUUAAUAGUAUUUUAAUUACUGUGGUUGAUCAUCAUGGUAAUUUAAUAGCCUCUUAGGAAGGGAAAUGCUUUAUAAAAACAAAUCUAAUUUCUUUAGUUCCUAGGAUAUUUUGGAAAUAUAUGUAUUCUUAAGUUAGUUAAUUGGGUGGAAAAAUUGCAUGUUAUAAUUCUUUAGAAAAGAAUGUUGACAUAUCUAACCAAAAAUUCUGAUGAUAGAUAGGACUUAAAGAGAAAAUGUAAACGAGUGUGUUAUUGAUUUCAAAUUACUUUUAUUUGGGUUGGAUUAGCUGUCUUUAUGCUACGACUAUUUGUGUGUAAUAUAGAUCAAAUAAGGUGUUCAGAAUGGGAUGAACUAUCUGGAAGGAAGUGGUAUUAUCUAUACUACUACAGCUGGAAAAUAUGACAAUUACAAACUUAAUUGAUCAAUACUGUAUCACAUCAUUAUUCAAUGAUUAAGGACUGCUAGGUGAAACUGACAUAAUGGGGUUUUCUUUUUGGAAAAUAGUAUCUUAGUUGUAUUGGUAUUCCGCUGGAUAUUUAGUAAAAGUGCUAUUUACUGAGAACAUCCUUAGGAUUUAGAAAGAGAACUAUGUAAUUUUAUAGUUACAGAGAUUCUGGUGCAGAUUUGGGAAGAGGUUUGAAAUUAGUAUGUAAAGUCAGAACAGCAUGACCUCAACUAAUGUACUGUUUGCUCUUGACCCCUUCUCCACAACCUGCCACUAAUGAAAGGUCUUUGAUAAGUGUAACUGCCUUAUACCCAUUUUAUUUACAGUUUUCAUAGCUAAUGAAUAAUAAGAAAAUUCCACCAGGACCUGAUUGUUUACCUUUCUAAUAGCAAUUUACAAAUGGUAUAUGCUGUGGCUGUUACAAACCAUGUCCUGUAAUAGCAUUUGAUGUAAGUAGCUGCUCACCAUUCUGUAUUGUGGUUGGAGCUGGAGAAAUAGAAAAUUGGUCAUUUCCCGGCAGAUAGCAGUAACUUUCAAUUCAGUCAGAAUGCUGUAUGGGCUGUGAUAGGUUUAUAAUUAUUACCCAAAGAUUGAUGGUUUUUUGGUGUGUGUAAAUUUGUGCAGCAGUAAUCCAUUAAGAAAUCAAUAAUCAUUCCAUUCUGAUGUGUAGUUCCUAUUCACUGUUAUAAAUGUGUAUCAUGAGCAGAAACCAAUGUGUUUUGCUUUGUUUUUUGAAAUUGUAUUUGACAGUAUUGGAAAUGAGGAAAUUAUUAUAAUAUUUUUUCUUCAAUCAAAUGUCUUUUUUCUUUGUGUUCCCUUGUACCAUAUGACAUACCUAUUGCAAGUCUGCAUUUUUUCUUUGAAAAAAUUUUUCUUUGAAAAAUUUUAUUUAAAACUAUUUCUAAUGUUUCUGUCUCCUUUUUACCAUCAUUUACUUUGUUGUUUAAUAAUUACAAAUUAUUUAUAAGCUUAAAGUACCUCAGUGUUUCUUUCUCUAAUCUGGAGGUGAUUUAUUACCAACUCUAUAUGGUCAGGAAAGUAGGAAAUUCUUCUCUUGUAAAAUACAAUUUUAACCUCAAAACGGUGAUCUCAUAAAAAACAAAUCUAAUGUUUAUUUAUUACCAGUACCUCCUAGGAUGCCAUUGUGGGAAGCUAGGAUUAAGGCAGCAUUGACCCUACUCUCAAAGGAGCUUAGAUUUUAGAGAAAGAAAGGCAGAAAUCAACACACAUAACAUAAGGAUGUGAAGAAAUGGGAAAAGUGGUAGGGGAAAUGUCAACCCUGAAACUAUCCAUUACGUAAGUUCCGAACUGGAACUUUGGUGUUAUGGCAUGAUAGUGCUAUGGAUGAUGGGGUGUGGGUGAUAAACUUCAUCCCACAGGGGAUGUGGCCAGCAUUACAAAAUUCUGACAUAGUGUGGGGCUAAAGAGCAGUCUAAAUAGAGAUUCUAGUUAAAAAUGAUAUAGGAACAUAGUAUAAAGUUAAAACAGUAGAGAAAGAUAUAACAUGAAAAGUAAAAGCUCUACCACUCAAGUACCCUAGUCCUCAGUUUCCUGUGCUACCAAUUCCUUAAUUAUCUUUCCAUAAUUUUUUAGUAUAUACUAGCACAAAUCAUGUGUCUACAUAUUUUGUUUCCUUUCCUAUUAAUAGUACAAAUAGGGUUGCAUGGUACAUACUUGCCCUAUGACUCAAUUUUUUAUUUAGGAUUUUUUUUUAAUACCAACAUUGUUCUUGGGUGCAUAUAAUACCUUUAUACACUGAUGAUACAUGGUGAUUUAAUUUGCUCCUCAUUCACUGUUGGACAUUCAGGUUGUUUCUACGUUUUUGUUAUGAUGUAGACAUUGUUUCAGUGAUAUUCUUGUUCAUUCAUUUACCUUCUUUACAUCCUUAGGAUAACUUAGCUGUAUAUUUGCUAUGUCAAGAAGUCUGUGCAAUGAAUAUUUUAGUAGAUAAAGUGUGGCCAAAUUGCUCUUUGGAAAGUAUAACAAUUUACACUACAACUAGUAAUAUGUGAGUGUCUGUUUUCUCACCUUGACAACAAUGCAUUUUAUCCAUUUUGGUUCAUCUGAAUGGGGGAAGAUGGUAUCUAGGUAUAUUUGACAUUUCUUAAUUAUGGUUUUUUAAACAUAAUUUCAAACGUUUGUUGGUUGGAAAUUCUGUAUUUAAUUUUUGUUCCUGAAGAAUAUUUCUGCUUCCGUGUCUGGGAGAAAUUAUAAUUAAAAACUCUAUUAGGAACUAGGAGAAAGAGAGAAAAAAGAUUUUAUCCGUGAUUCAUGACUUGAGGCAUAUUUAUUAAAGGAUAAUGGGAGAGAAUGGAUGAUUUGAUGUUAAGUAGAAAUUUUCAAAUGUUAUACACUCUAGAACAGAAGAUGUGGCUUUUAUUUCUAUAUCUGCUCUAAUUUCACUAGUUAUCUUGGUAAAUCACAUAAGAAACCCUUCCAAAGUAUUUAGCAUAGCAGUUCAAUGAAGUUCAGGGGUUAAUGAAAUCUGAAUUGUUAUAUCAAGAAACCUUGUCAUCCAUAUAGCCAUUCUAUUAGGGGAAAAGAUUGUGUAUCUAAUAAGUAGCAAACAAAGAAUACAGAAAGAAAAAUAAACCUUUACUUAAAAAUUAUACAAUUAAUUACAUUUAAGUUGCUAGGUGAGGUAUAAGGGAAUAGAUACCUUGUGCAGGAUGUAAGGGAUAAGGAUCUGAUUUCUUUUUCUUUCCUAUUUCAAGACUGGUAGAGAACUCUGAGUCUGUCAAUUGAUUAGCAAGUUGAAUUCCUUGGAAACACAUAGGCAAAGCCUACUCUUGAGAAAAGUUGAAACCUGGUACUUUUUUGUUGUUGUUGUAUACUUGUUCAGGAAACUACCAGGUUUAGACUCACCCUGUACUUUCUACAUGUGGGAAACUGAAAUACUCUUGAGAGCAGAGAAAGUUCAUUGCAUGACAUAUACACUUGUACAUGAAAAAUUAUGCAUCCAAGUGUGUCGUGUAGUUUUGUAGCUCCCGGUCUGUCCCAGGAACUGGAUGGUUUGCAGACUGUUAGAGAGUAUGCUGAAGAUUACCUAGGACCUGGGUUUGUUCUUUGACCUAAAGAGAAUCCCUAGGCAGAAGGCUUGUACCUGUAUCCCUUUCCCCCUUCUGCACAAUGGCAGUUUCGUGACAGAGCUGAUUGAUAUUCUUUGCUUUUUGCCUGUAAAAUCACAUUUAAAAAUAUCAGGCUUCCAAGUUCUUUUCUGUGGCUCUGUGUGUGUGUGUGUGUGUGUGCGUGAGCGCAUGUGUGCAUGCACACAAGGACAUGCACUCAUGCCAUUCAUCUCACUGAAAGUAAUCCUUGAAUCAGUUACUUGGAAGUGACCCCAAAGGUCAUUUAGAACAACUUCCUUAACAAAGCAAGAAUAUCCUUGACAGCAUGCAUGACAGGUGGUCUCUGGGAUUUUGCUUGACCGCUUCAAGUGCUAGAGGAAAGGAAGUUUACUGUUCCAUUGCUGAUCAGCUCUAAUUCUUAGAAAGUUCUUCCUUAUUUUGAGCCCUCAUCUGCCUGUCUGAAAUGUGACUGCUUUUUUUUUUUUUUUACUAAGACUCAAGCUAAAUAUCUCACAAGUUUUAGAUGCUUUGUUAUGUAUUAGUGCUUGUAGAGUAGGCUUUCAUGGAGGUUUUUAGAGUGUUUUGCAUUGGCCCUUGUAUUUAGAAUACUAUCAUCAUUUCUUCUGAGGAAUGAUGCUCUAAGUGUAGUGCUUAACAUAUAUAUUGUCUUUUUCCACCUCUGUACCAACAGCUGCAAGUAAACCAUGUUAAGUAUGGUAAAUAACAAAACCAAACCAAACCAAACCCUGAAUUUAUUUUCAAUAACUUGUAUCUUAUUAAUGUUACUUUUAAGCACUUUACUCUUUUUAUUUAUUUAUUUAUUUAUUUUAUUAUUAUACUUUAAGAUCUAGGGUACAUGUGCACAACAUGCAGGUUUGUUACAUAUGUAUACAUGUGCCAUGUUGGUGUGCUGCACCUAUUAACUUGUCAUUUACAUUAGGUAUAUCCUUUUAAGUCUUUUAUGUGACAAUUCAAAUAACUUAUGGUUAAAAUAAAAUUUUGUACAAAAACCAUGCCUAUUAUGGAAACAGAAAUCCAUUGCUUAUGUUUCCAUUUAAAUAUACAAUUUUGACUUUGUGCAUAGAAUUUUGAGCAGAUACUAUAAAACCUGAUGCUUUGAGACUUAAAAGUAGGACAUAAAGUGAAGAAGGCUAUAGGGAGAUGUUACAAAACUCACAUAAAGAAAGUAUGAUCAUCUUUCAGGAUUUUACUUUGCUUAGGUUGUGGAAAUUCACCACGGUUUUCCAGCUGACAUUUCUUAAGAAAGAUUCCUAGGUGAAAAAGAUAAUACGGAGUCUACUGAAAGUGGUUGUAAGCAUCCACAUUUGUUCCUCUGAGGAUAUUAACAACAUAUGAAUUAGCUUAUGACUUCUUAAUUCUCCCUUGCCUGAGUGGCAGUUUUACUGUGGCUUUAUUGGAUUUACUGUUGUAAUUGGAUAUGGAAUUGUGCCGGGAAGCAUAUAUUUCAAUAUGUGCACCUUAGCAAUCUAAAUCGUUAGGAUGGUGACUCACAUUUAACAGGGAAAUUAGCUGGCUUCGUCUUUGUGUGAACAUUUGGGGAGGAGCUGACCCUAGCUGCAGAAAUAUCACCAGUGUUCCAGGUCACCUGUGGCAAAAUCUAGCCAUGUGAAGGAUUGGAGUUUCUUUUGAUUAUCUAGGCUAGAUUUUGUCAUUCACCUCUUUACUUUAGUUUGGAGAAUUACCUGAGUAGGAGAAUCACUAGCUGAGAAAUGAUUGGAUAUAAAUUUAAGAGCUAUGUUAGCCCAUUUAAUUAUGUCACUGCAGAUUUGGUAAGAGUGUUUCAGCAAGGUCAUGUAGAACUUUUCUGGUCUGCCAUCAUGGCAAGAGACAUUAUGAAAUUCUUAGGAAAGAAUAAUCCUUAAAACCAAUUUGUUUUUAAAAUAGUUAUGUCAUAGGGUCUUUUUCCUCAAACUUGCUUGAUCGUAAGAAUCAUCUAAGAUACUUGAAAAAAAUAAACAGUCCCAGACCUCAACUCAAGUAUACUGAAUCAAACAAAGUGUUCAAGGGAGGAGGAGCCUGCGACUCUAAUUCUGAUAAUCAGGCAAGUUUAGGAAAUACUGUCAUAUAGUAUAUGUGCAGGGACUUGGGAAAGAAGAUAGUGGUUGCUCCAAGGAGCUAAGAUAUUACAGCAUUUUACCAUCAAUCACUAAAAUAUCCUCUGCUUUUCAGAAGAUGGUACAAGAACGUGACUGAACUGCAUCUUUAGGAUUGGGUGGUAGUCAGGGAGAGUUGUAGCUCUUCUCAAGAAAAAACUAAAAAUAUAAGCAUAUAUGCAUAAUUUUAUUAUUGUGGUUUGCCCUCUCUCUCUGUCUCUCUGUCUGUCGUUUCUUUUCCUCUACCUGCCUUUGAUAAUUUUUCCUUUGCUUGGCUUUCUAGGUCUUUUUGAUUGAGAUGUUUUAUAAAAUCAUGUGAAUAUUUUCACACUGUAUUUUAUUAUACUCUCUAUUAUUUAUUUCUGCACUUCUCUCUCAGUUGUAUUCCUUCAGCCUGUUUACACAAAAUAGACACAUGUUCCUGUUUCAGCCAGGGAGUUUGUGCAUCUGUUGACACUUCAGAAAUAAUCAGUUUAGAUUUCAACAGCUGAUUAGUGUGCUGUUCUAACCAAACUGAGAAGGAACUCUUAAGAAUGGAAACAGAUAUUAUUCUAUUUAGCUUUUUGUACAAAUAUGUAAUAAUGGCCAUUUUAAACCAAUGCUUUGGUUAUAAAAGGCCUUUGCUGAAGUUUUGUUUUUCUUUAUUGUACCUCAAAGAGGCUAUCAAAAUGUUUAGUGACCAGUAUUCCACAAGUUGUAAUAUGCCAGGAGUAAUCACAAACAUUUCAUAAUGGUCCUUGUAUUUAUAGCAACUCUAUGAAUGUUAGAAAGAAUAUUGAUAGAAUUCCAGGAAUAUCCUACAUGAUCUGCUAACAGUUUCAGAACUCCAGCUUCCACAUUGAAUUACUACUGAAUGUAAGAAAUAUAGCUAAUGGUAUCAGUGUAGCACCCAAGUACUGAUUUGCCUAAGAUAGGAAGCCAUAUCUCCAUGAGCUGGAGCCAAAAGGAAAGAAGAGCUGCACAUUUUAAAUGCGCUUGUACAAAUACUUACCUGGUUGACCUUAUAUUUCUCCAACAGUCUGAAGAAAUAGAUCAGAAAUAGGAUCAGAGAACAUAAUAGAAUCAGUAGAAAUAUUAUAUAAUAGAAACGGAAUCAGAAAGCAUAAAACUAGUUUCUAGAAAAGAUCCUAUAGGAUAACUAUUAUGCAUCUUGAUCAGUCAGCAAGUAUCUAUUUAGUACUUUAUGAAAAAUAUUGUGUAUAGGACAGAGAAGAAGAAUGCAUUUUUUCCUUUAAAGAGAAUCAGAUUUCACAGUUACAUCAUACAUAAAUAAAAAAAUUAAAUAGAAGUUUAAUAUUUUAGAUGUGAGUUUGAGACAUUAGGCAAACAUAGUAAAAUUAUUUUCAUAUAAUUAAAGUACAGCAGCUUGGACAACAUGGCAAAACCCUGUCUCUACAAAAAAUACAAAAAAUUAGCUGGGCGUUGUGACACGUACCCUAGUCCCAGCUACUUGAGGGGCUGAGGUGAGAGGAUCACUUGAACCCAGGAGGUUGAGGCUGCAGUGAGCCAAGAUCCUGCGACUGCACUCCAGCCUGGGUGACUACAUGAGACUGUCUCAAAAAUAAAUAAAUAUAUAAAGUGCAAGAUAAAGUGAUUUCUUAGGACUAAUUGUAGGUCCUCUGCCUUUCAGUUAGAGUUAUAGAAUUAAUCAUUGCCUUUCUGUAGUUUUGUCACCUACUUCUGUUACAAAAAUUUGUUUGCCAUUCUUUUUUCUGAUAAACUGAAUGACUCCCCUUACCUGAGGAAUGCAGUCUAAUAAGCUCUUUAGUAUUUUAUACUACAGCCUUUACUCAACAGCCCAAUCCAUCUUUUUGUCUUCAUCUCCUGAAAUUCGUCUUCACAUUUACUGUGCUUCAGCCACAGAUACUUGCCAUGUCUUGAAUAUAACAUAUUCCCUCAAAUUGCCUUUUCUUUGCAUGAACCCUUCUCCUUUCCUUGGAUUUCUGUACUUUUUCUCAACCAGGCAAACUCUCAAUCCUUUUCAAAGGUCCAGUGUAACUGCUUAUUUGAAUUUUUAGCUAUUCCCCAUAUUUCUAUAGCACUGAGUAUGUACAUGUAUCUAUUAUAGUAUUCACCACAUUGUAUUGCUAUUGUUUUAUGUCUUUGUCUCCCAUAUUAGAUUUUGAGCUCCUCUGGGGCAGACUAUGUCUUGUUCAUCUGUGUAUUUAUAAUUUUGACACUGUACCUGGCAGAGAAUAGGUGUACCACUUCCCAUUGUUUUAUGAACAAAUGACUAAAAGGAGAGUGAAUGAACUUUCAUGAAGUGGAUGGGAGUAGGAACUGCCCUUGAAGAAAGAGAGGUGGAGUUGGCUGCUUUACCUGGGGAAUGAAAAGAGGGAGAGACCCGGGCUCACAUAACAUGUAGUCUGCCUUCAACAGCAAAUUCUUUUCUCCAAGCAAACAGAUACUAUCUCACUAAAGUCGAAUAAGUGAGACUGCUUCUUUCUUUGCCAGGUACUUACUGACUACUAACUAAUUAUUUUUCUUUUCCUUCAGGAUUGCUAGUAAAGGCCAAUUUUAAUCUGAUAUCACAUGUUCUUAUGCACAUAGGAUGUGGUAGGGAUCCAUAUAUGAUGGUGACCUCUGAACUCAAGUCUAUAGAGAAAGCCUUGCAUUCAGUACCCAAGUCCAUUCAGCUUGGCUUCAGGCUUAUUCUUAUAACUCGGUGCUGACCAAGAUGGAUAUGUCUGUAGCUGUGCCUCAUAGUAGGGUAGAGUAUUAAUAUACAAAAUUACUAGGGACUUCCUUUUUGUGUCAUCUGUAACAGAAUAACAACAGAACAGUGGUACAUCCUUUCUUUUUUUUUCCUCCUUCUCAUGUUUCUUCUCUCCCACACUUUCAUCUCUUGUUUAUGCUGGCUCGCAGCAUUAGAUUUUUUAUGAAACUUCCUCUGACUAAAGUUAGGGAAAUUUGUUUCAUCUCAGUCAUUUGCUCUUUGUCGAGCUGACCUAUUUCAUUAAAAAAAAUGAGGUUGUGGUAGGAUGAGUACUUAGAAUGCAGGAAGGAGGCAUGCCACCAGUGCCCUAGCAAAGGUUAUACAGAUAGGGCUGGCUUUAGAGAAUUACCUAUGAAUUGUUUUUGGGCCCCUUUUACUACUCUUUUUUUCUUUCUUAGCACUCCCAUUUGCAAACCCACUUCCCUUGUGGUACUUGCUUGUUGCUUCACUGUCCUGCUCAGUCCUGCCUGCCUUUCAGGGUUGUGUGAUUCUGAUAUGUGUCUUCACAAUCUUUCUUUAUUCAAACCAAAACCUGUCUGUGGACACUAGGAACCCUUUCCCCACCUUUCCGUCCUGUCAUAGAACAAUUCAAGUAAAUGAAUUCAGGCUAAGGUUUUUGAGACUGACAUAGUUUAAUAGAUUACUGUUGUUUUAUAGUAGCAUAAAUGCUUUAAUAGAGAUGUCUCUGGAAAUUGGUUCCCAAGCCAUAGUAGUAAAUUCCUGAUAAUGGAGAUCUCAGGUACCAGAUUAUGCUGGAGGGUAUGGAGAAGAAGUUUGGGAGAGUGAUUAUUAUUCUUUUGUUUUCUGUCAAAUUAAUACCAUUAAAGUAACUGUCUUUGCAGCCCAAAGGUAGUACCAGACCUGAGUAGAGACUCUUUUUUUUCACAAGCACAAAAUAUUAGCACUAAUGACUGACUUUGUAGUUACAAAAGUGUUAGAGAAUAUUAGAAUCUGAAAGUGACCUUUUGGCCAUUCUUUGACCCUGUUCCAAAAAUUUUUUUGGGAAAAAAAUUUUAGGUGGCAUCUGUAAAGCUAAACAAGAACUUUGAUUAAUAUUCUUUCAACUACCUUUUUAGUUUGUUAGAGUUAGUGUUUUUUACUUUUGUUGUGUUUUAAUAUAAGGAACUUCUAGUUAUAGUUUUACAAAUAUAGAACACAUUUACAAAUGUCUUUGAAUACCACAUAAUAUAUACUCGAUAGUCUUAGAACAGAGCCCUCCACCUAGCUAGUCUCUUCUGGAUAAGCAGUUCUCAGUCAUGUGUAGUGUUGAAAAGGUGUGCUCAUUUAAUUAUUUCCACAGUUGUCAAAACUCUGCCAUGGAAAAGAAUUUCGACUAUUUUGAUAAAGCCCCUAUAAAACCACAGCUUCUAAAUAUCCUUAAAAAUGGAAAUGCCACAGGUAUACAAAAUAUAUUUUGCAAAAAUAUACCAAGUGUUUCUAUUGUGGUGUCCAAUUCACUUAUUCUAGAAUAGAAGGAAAUCCUGGUGUGUUGGAAGACAGAGUAAAAAGUCCUUAAUGUAACAGAGAUUGUCUUUCAAGUCCAUUUAGAAGUCAUCUUUCUUUUUUUAAUGAGAAUGCCUUUUUGUUGUGUAUCCUGAUUAUGGUAGUGGUUAUAAGAAUCUAUACAUGUUGUAGAACUGAAUGCUAAAAGGAAAAAAAUGCUCAUGUUUUUUGUAUGACAAAUUUAAAAAUAAAAUGAAGGGAUUAAAGAAUGUCCUUUUCACUUGAAACAUUGCUAAAAAUGCUGGUUAAAUUCCAUUGAAAGAAACAACAAUAAAAAGGCUUAGUUAAUGUGGCAAUUGUAGUAGGGUUAAUAGCAUUAUACAAACUAACACUAUGAGGAAAUACAUUUUAAAUCACAAAUCAGAACUUGGGAAAUACACUUUCCCCUGUUCAUUGUCAAGAGUGGGAAACGGAAGUAUUGUAAUUAGCCUUCUGGUGCAAGUGGCAAUAAAUGCAGUUGCAGUGACUGCAGUGAUGGAUGUAGGGGCUCAGGAUCAGAAUUUGAAGAGGGUAGACCUAGAGUAAUUGUUAGAGCCCCUGCCUUUAGCAGGGCAUAGGUCUUGACUGUUGUGCAGUUAACAGCUCCUUGUGCCUAGCAUUUUUCCUGGAGUAGGUGUUCAAUAACUACUGAUUAAAUUCUGGGGCCUAGGUUCAAGUCUUGGCUCUACUUACCAGCUAUGUGAUAUUGGAUAUGUUACUUAACCUCUCCAUGCCCUCAUUCCUCUCAGCCCUAAAGGGUGUGAAGAACAUCUCUCUCAUAAGGCUGUUGGGAGAAUUAAAUGAGAUUAAGCUUUUAAAUCUCUUAGCAAAGUAUGGAGCAUAUAAUAAGUGUUCCAAUAAAUGUGAGAUAUGAUGAUUCAGUAACUGUGGGUUGAAUGGCAGUAUCUCGUAAGGCUUGUGUUGGGGAGGCAGUGUUGAAUGACAGUUGCUCCUUUCAGUGUUGGUCUGUUUAUUGGGGUCAGGAGUUUUUGUGAAAUUAAUUUCUUUCACUGUUCAGCACAGAACACUCAGAUGUCUAAUAUUUUAAUGUUUGUUUCUUCUCUUCCUUAUAUACCUCAAAUUCUGGGCUUUUUACCUACGGAAUUUUACCCUAAAUGCUGUUGAGUACAAAUUACGAGGUACAACAGUUAGAUGAAUUUUUUGUAAUAUGUGUUAAUUUUUCCAAAUUGUGAUUAUUGGAUGUGAAAAUUGUGAUUUUUAUAAAUUAUAUUUUAAUGAUAUAUGUUUUUUAAUAAACAUUUUUGAUAGAAUGAAUGCAGGUUAAUUAAGGAGAAGGGGAACAUGCACAAGUAAAAGGAAGUCAGGGCUAAAGCAGUCAUAAUUGUACAUUCAGAGCCAAUUACCAUACAAAAUGAUAAUAGCAGAUUUGUGUGUGUGUGUGAGACAGGGUCUCACUCUGUCACCCAGGCUUGAGUGCAGUGGUGCGAUCAUGGCUGAAUGUCAACUUCAACCUCACAGGCUCAGGUGAUCAUCCCACCUCAGCCUUCCAAGUCGCUGGGACUACAGGCACAGGCCACCCUGCCUAUAUAAUUUUUAAAAUGUUUUUUGUACAGACAAGAUCCCACUGUGUUUCCCAGGCUGGUCUCGAGCUCCUGGACUCAAGUAAUCCACCCGCCUCAGCCUCCCAAAAUGCUGGGAUUACAGGUGUGAGCCACUGUGCCCCCAGCCUGCAGAAAUUCUUAAAGAGCAUUUACUGUGUAUUAGACAUUGUUCUAAGUGCUUUGCAUAUAAUUCACUUAGCAACUCAAAGUAUAUCUGUUUAGAUUAUUUUCUAUGACCAUGUAAACAUGGAAAUGGAUGGGAUUGUAUAAUAGACGUUAUUUAUGACAUAAUUAAUUUUCCUUUAACAUUGUACGUCCUCAACACUGUUUCAUGUUUCUAAGCACAUACAUACAUUAUAAUUAUUAACAGCUACAGAGUAAUUCUUUCUGUGGUAAUUGACUAACUGGUAUCUCUUUUUUGUGUUCCUGUAGCCAAGAAAGAGUUUAACAUUUGAGACGGUAAUAAUAUGAUUUUUGUUUUUCUAAAAAUAGUGUUAUUAACUAGAAGGUCAAUAAAGUAUAAUCUAUUAUCCCUUUAUAUUAAAAGAGGUUCAAGCAGUGCUUUGCUAUAUUUAAGAGUUUUACCUUGUUUUUGCCUUGUUUUCCUUGUUUUACCCUUACACAAAAUAAGAAAGCUCUGAUGUUACACAGCUUUUUUUUUUUUCUGUCAUACACCCAUACAUUGUAAUAAUGUGGUGGCUAUUUAUUUGCUAAAUGCUUUAAAAUAAAAUCCAAGUAUUUAUUACACACCAUGUGAAUAUUUUGACUUUUUUGGUUUACUGACAUUUGGUGUUUAGCAUUUCCAUUGUCUUUUGGUUUUGACAGGAAAAACUUGGUCUAAUACCAAUUAUGACUGUUCCAAGAUGGUAAAUGGAACAUACUUGUUGAGAUUCACAUGGUUUGAGUCAUGCAUUGCCUUUACCUAUCCCUUUAAUUUAUUUUUAAGGCAGGAGUUCAAAUUAUAUACUGGUUUCAGGGUGUGAACAUCAGUCUCUGAUUAUAAUUCAGGAGAUAUGUGGAUCUGAAGUUGAUGGACAGGCUGCCUGGUUAGCUAGGCAAGCUCCCAUUAUCUCAAGAACCUCUGCUGAUUAGUUUGCUAUCAUUUUGAGAGACCUCACUAUGAAAACAGACAUUUUCCCAGGGUGGCAGAGAGAUAAAGGAAAUAUUCGCUAUGUGGUUAAAUUCUUCCAUUGUUUUAUGCCUAUAGAGUUUUAUUUAAUAGUAUAGCAUAUUUAUUCAGGAGGAGACUAGUGUUAUUUACUCUCUAGUCACUGUUUUCCUUCCUCAUACCUCAAAUUAGGAUCGUUUCAUAUUUAAGACAUUAUAAGACAUGAUAUUAUUUUCUUAGACCAGUGCCUGACAUUGGUUAAAACUUCAGUAAACAUAUCGAAUACUGAAUGAAUGGAAUUAGGUUUAGACCUGUGUAGGAACAUGCAGUAUGCUUUAUUAUAAUGUAUGCGAUUGUAUAUAUUUAUUAUCCAGCUUUUUCACAGCUUCCAUCAUCAUCCAUUACCUACUGUAGCUGUGAUUCCACCUUCUUUGAGCCAGAUGUAAAACUACACUGUUGUAACUUUUAAGGGUUAACGUGCAUUUGCCUUCAUUCUAGAAAUAGGUUUAUGCUUUUGUUUCUUUGUUUUUUUUUUGAGAUGGAGUCUCACUCUGUUACCAGGCUGGAGUGCAGUGGCGCGAUCUGGGCUCACUACAGUUGCCUUCCGGGUGCAAGUGAUUCUCCUGCUUCAGCCUCCUGAGUAGCUGGGACUACAGGAGCGCACUACCAUGCCCAGCUAAUUUUUGUAUUUUUAGUAGAGACGAGGUUUCACCGUGUUGGCCAGGAUGGUCUCGAUCUCUUGACCUCGUGAUCCUCCCAGCUUGCCCUCCCAAAGUGCUGGGAUUUCAGGAGUGAGCCACCGCGCCUGGCCUAUGCUUUUGUUUCUUAAGAGGUUUUUGCAUUGAUCAAAAUCAUAUUAAAUCAGUUGCUGUUCAAGUUCACAUCUUCACACUUUUUGGAAGACUUUUGGAAAAAUCUCUUACCCUGAGUUUCACAUUCUUUUUCGUACACUUUAUUUUGGGAAGGCAUUUGGUUCAUUCAGUGUCAUACAUCACAUGGCCAAUUAAAUAAUCACUAUUAAUUCCAUUUCUCAAGUCCAUCCAACAGUAAAUAAAUAGAAGAAAUAGGAAAGGAAGAAAAAACUUGGUCUUUUUAAAUAUUUUAUUUAAUUCAAAAUAAAGUUUUAGAUAUUUCUGUAACAAUUUACAUUUAGGAUCUCUCAUAGUCAAACUAUCAGAAUACUUGUCAGAGUAAAAAAAAAAAACCCUUUGCACCUUUGCCCCUGUAACACACACACAUCCACACCUUUUUAUUAUAGAGGAAGAUUUCAUUUUAGAUUAUUCUGAGGGAGAAAAUAUUUUUUUCAAGAAAACCUAUUCUUAUCAUUAGCAAAUAUAAGCACUGAAAAUAUAUUGAAAACUUUCAGUCAGCUAUUAUUUGAACUUAAAAUUUGGAGUUAGGUGUCAAUGUUAGAGAUUUUAGGAAGACGUUUAAGGCAGGGAACCAGGCUCAAGAGAUGUAUUAGACAUAACUGAUUAUUACAGGUAUAUUAGGAGGAGUUUGGGAUUGCAGUUGCAGUGGGAGAUAGGCAUUCUGGCCAUUGCUAGCACUUGUCAUCCUUGUGAUGUGUAUAAAAAUAGCUAUUUACCUUCAUUUCUGUCAAACUUGUGUAUCCUUGCCCCUCCUUGCUCAAUAGAUGCCAACUUUAAGAAUAUAAUCCCAGGCACAUUUGGAAACAUGCUAAAACAAAACAAACACCUCUCUCCACUCCUUCCCUACAAUUAGAAAAAACGUAUGUGCCAAGUAUCAAUAGAUACAGCUGAAGAAAGAGAGAUAAGGGGAAAAAAACCAAGCAACAACCAAACUUCUUACUUCCAAAGUAAAUUAACUUUGAAACAUGGUUCUUUGUUUUUUAGAGAAACAGACAUUUGAAGAGUUAGGGGAUUUCUUGAGAUUGUACCUGAAAGUAGGUAGUAUAUUUACUAGAGGUAAUUUACAUUUUAAUACCAUUUGCUUUGUACAAUGGAUAAAUCCCAGCAAGCUUAUGUAAUAAUAAAAUUAUGUGUAAGAAAAAGCUAUUCUCCAUGGGCUCUAAAGUUAACUUUGAAGAGGCCCCGAAAAACUGAGUUAAGGAAGAAAUAAGAUUAUUCUUUCCUCCAGGCUGAUUUUAAGAUGUUUAAACUCCUAAAUACUGUAAAGAUUAGGCGACUCUCUGCAUACCAUUUCAGAAUGAGUUGGAGUUGUACCAUUAUAGAUCUCCACUAAGUCUCUUAGUGUUACCAACUUCUUUGAUAGUCAUUGGAGCAAGGGACAUCCAUAUAAAGUAGGAAUAAAAGAGACACUUUAAUGAUUAUUUAACUUAGCUAAUAUUUACUGGUUAUCUCAAGGCCUUGAAAGAGAAGAUCCAGUUCAGAUUCACUUUAAAAAACAAUCAGAUAUUUAGAUUAUAUUGGCAUGCUCAUAAUUAUUUUUAUUAGAUGAUAGGAAGUCUGUAUAUUUAAUGAUUUCUCCACAGUUUUUGUAUUAUGGAGAUGCAAGUUUUUGCUUUUUUUAGCAACUGUAGGAUCAAGGGAAAUGUUUUGUCAAACAAAUCAAAUAUAAUAUUUCAAACAUAUAUUUAUAUGUAUUAAUUAUUUAAUCUCAAUAAAACCCUAUGAGGUAGAUACUAGUAUUGCCCCGCUGUUAUAGAUCAAAAACUGAGGUGCAAUUAAAAGCCAUUAAGAGGUAAAGCUGUGAUUCAAACCUAGGUUGCCUAGUUCCAGAAUCCUUCAUCUUAGCUAAUAUGAUAUUUCUAACACUGUAAAUUUUAAUUUAUUAUGGGUUGGGAAAUCGGUAUAAUGUAUAGAAACCAACACUUUAGUAAAAAUGAUAUGGAAUAGAAAAUAUUAGAAUAUGAAAUAUUGAGCUGGGCCCAGUGGCUUGCACCUGUAAUGUUUUAGCUAUGCAGAAGGCUGAGGCAAGAGGAUCACUUGAGCCCUGGAGUUCAUGGCUACAGUGAGCUGUGAUCGUGCCACUGCACAAUCUGUCACUGGAGACAGGGUAAGACCCUGUCUUUAAGAAAAAAAGAAGAAAAGAACUAUGAUUAUGUAUAGUAUUGUUUCAUUAGCCAUUUUCAUAAACAUUAAUAUGUAUUUAGACAUACAUAGACAUAUGUAUAUAUUGAAUUGCAAUAAAAAAUUUUUUUAUUGUCUGUCUGGGUCAAAAGAAAGUUUGCAAGCCACUGAACUACACAAUCUCAAUACCUUGAAAAUAGUUGAUGUUCAGUAAAUCUGUACUAAGUUGAAUUAAUGUAUUGCUAAAUAAAAAAUAACCCAUAAACAGUGUUAGGAUAAAAUACUUCUGCUGAGCAUAUGAUUUCCCUAUGGAGUAGGACUGAAAAUGUUAGUCUCACAGUUCUUAACCAAUGAAACUAUAAUUACCAAAUAUAAUCUUUUAGUUUAUACCUACUCUUCAACCUAAAGUUUUCCUCUGCAAAUCUUUCUGGUUGGUAAUUUUUUAUUGCCUUAAGGCUUGGCCUCUUGUCCUUUAACAAUAUCAAGUAAUAAUAGUCCAAAAAGAAGAGGCAGUUUCUAAAAAAAUAAAUUACAAUUUGAAUUCCCUGAAAGUAAUAAUUUGUUAUUAACAAAAGAAAUUUAUUUCAGCAGUGCAAGGAUGGAUCAAUAAUAGGAAAUCUAAUAUUUAUCAUAUAAAACUAAAGAGAACAAUCAUAUGGUUUUCUCUAUAGACAGUGAAAAAACAUAGGACAAAAAUUAACAACCAUUCUGUACACCCAGUAAACAGAAAUAAAGGGAAACUUCUUCAGAGUGAUAAAAUGUAUGUAUGUGAGUCCAAAAGCCAUUAUGAUUCAUAGGAAAACACAUACGCAUGCUCAGUAAUUUCAGAAACUAGGCAGAUUUUGUUUGCUCUCUUUACUCUUUUUUAAUAUUGUGCUGGAUGAAACUGCCAAUGGAUUUAGAUAAUAAAAAAUAGGAUUAUAAAAAUUUGAUAGGUAGAGAUAAAAUAAUCAGUUUUUGCAGAUGAUAUGUUUUGUAUCCAUAAACUGCAGAGAAUCAGCUGAAAGACAAUUCAUAAACAAUAAAAUAAUUUAGUAAUAAGGCAGUUUAAAUUAACAUGCAUAUAUUUAAAUGUGUAAUAUUUGUAUUAAAGAACAUGCAAAAGCAUACUUAAAAUGGGGAAGACAUACUGUAUUCUUUGACAGGUAGAUGCAAUAUUGUUUAUAUCUUGUACUGAACUUCAGGAUAAACUCUGAAUUGGAACAAAGAUAUAUACAUGAAAGAUAACCAUAUAAGUAAUAGAAGAAAAUGUGAAAGUCUUAUUAUGGUCUUACUAUGGGAAGCUCUUUUUAAUAAAAUUCAAUAUCUAAAAGUGAAUUUCAAAGGAUUAAUUCAUUUAAAAUAAGAAAAAUUUCUACAUGGCAAAAAAUAACUUAAAUAAAACCAAAAGGUAAACAACAAGCUGGAGGUAAAAUUUGCAACUCAUAUGAUGACUUAAAGAGUUAAUCUGUCUAAUACAUAACAGCUCCUAGUAAUUCCCAAAGUACAGUAACUAUCUAAUAGAAAUUUGGUUAAAUUAUUCUAACACACAGUUCACAGAAAAAUACCAUUGGCUCCUACACAUAUAAAGUUUUUCUUAACUUCACCCAAAAUAGGAGGUAUAUAAAACUAUACUGACAUAGCAUGUCUAAUUCAUUAUAUUAGCAAAAAACUGAAAGUAUUAUGUCACACUGUGUUGGCAAGGCUGCAAGGAAACAGGGACUUUUAUGUAUUGUUGAUGGGAGUAUAAAUUUAUAUAAAUGUGAAUUGGAACAAAUGCUUAUAAACUUUGACUCAGUACUCCUGUUUCUACAAGUUUAUCUUAUAAUAAUUUGUCAAAUGUUGAGUGCACAGAUUUGUUCAUUGCAGCAUUGUUUUUAAUAUCAAAAGAUGGGAAACGUGCAAACAAUGCCUGUCAGUAGCGGAUUGAUUAAAUAAAUUAGGUAUAUCCAAUAAUUGAAUAUUAUGCAGGUAUAUAAAAAAUAAGAAUCAUGAAUAUGGAAAGACUUUCAAAAUAUAUUGCUAAAUUUUAAAAAAAGGAAGGGGCAGAAGAAAAUAAGUUGGGCAAAAAAAACCCAGAAAUGUUUACUAAUAAUUAUAUUUAAAAACUCACAGGAUAAACAAGAAGGUAAUGAAAUAAUUACUUAUUUGGGAGUGUAUAGAUAGAGGGAUGACAGCUGAGCAGAUGAGGGGCUGGGAUGGAACAAGACUCUUCACUAGGUAUACUUUUAUACUUUUUGAUUUUUGAACCACUCAAAUAUCUAUUUGACAACAACAAAACAAAAGGAAAAAAACACUAAUAAUAACAACUAAACCACACUAAAUAUUAGUUUUUUUGAGAAAAUAUUUCUAUAGGGUGAGACUGAAAGUGUCAGCCCUUCAACUGUUUGCCAGUGGAACUGUAAGAAACUGGUGUAAUCCAUUAAUUUGCUUCCCCAAUACCCAGUUUAGAUGUAGAUUCCUUACACUCAGAUCAUUUGUUGAUGGUUUUAUUUGUUGUGUAUAUUUAAUAAUUUUAAUUGCAUUUUAUAUCUUUGUUUCCUACACAAUAACUCCAUCAAACAAUUAAUAUUGAACAGUGUAAUUAAGUGGUAGUUUUAAAACACCAGUUGUACAGAAAUCAAGACUAGUGUUCAUUUUAGAAUUUACCAUUUUUAUACAACAUGCAACUUUAGAAAUGAUAUUAUUUAAAAUUUCUGUAUAUAUUUUACCUUGCUUAUGUUUUUCUUCUUGAAAUGUAGUAUUGCCAAAUUGCUGUACUAUAACAUCAUGAUAAUAAUGGUAGUGUUAGGAAUUUAUUUUCAUUAGUGGUCAUAGUACAGUUAAUAUAAAUAUAUAGCACGUAAAUAUAAAUGAGAACACUAAAUAUCUGUUUGGAAAUGGGAUUCAAGAGCUGCGUCCUAAGUUUUGGUAGGAUUCAUUUAAUAGCUGUGUGAAUUACUUAACCUUUCAGAAAGUUAAUUUCUUAAUCUGUUAAAAAAAAAAAAGUGAUACUAAUACAUGCCUUACAGGGUUGUGGUCAAGGUUGGAGUGAAUGUCUUUAUAAUACCUAGUAUAGUAUCUUCAAUGCAAGCAUCUAUAUUAUUCCUGUGAUUGUGUUACUUAUGAUGUGUAGCCCUAAAAUUGCAAGAUGAAUAUUAACAAGACAAUAUGCACAGUUUGCCACUACCUAUAAGAUUUGAUUUGUUUGAGUAAAAUAAAGGGGAGGUGGAUUAUAAAAUUUUCACUGCUGUAAUUUUGUGUCUGCUUGCAUGUUUUACAUGCUGAGAAUUUGGUAGGGUCAAGUGUUAAAAUCACUUCUAAAAAAGUCUCCUCAAAGUGAUUAUUUAAUAUGGAGAAUUAAUUACUAAUUUGAAAUAUUUUAAAUAGUGGUCAAUUAUUUAAAAAAUAAUAUAUUAAUUGGAUAGAAUAAAAUGGAGCUGUUAAAAACCAUGUGCUUUAAGAAUGAUUAUGGCAUAGACAUUUUUCAAAAUACAUGCAUUAAAAAGGUUAUACAAGUUUAUAUAGUAGGAUCUCAAAUAUGUAAAUAAAAGCCUGCCAUAUAUAAGUAGAUAUAUAUUUCAUAGAGGAGAGAUGAGAUGAAUAUACACCAAAUGUGAAUAGUGGUCAUUUUUGAGUGUUGGGAUUCUUUGUGAUUUUUGUUUGAUUUAUACUUUUACAGAUUUUACAUUUUUUUUAUGAUCAGCAUAUAUUACUUUUAUGUUAGCAAAAAAAGCAAUAUGUUGUAUUGCUUUUUUAUGUUUAUGUAUUCUUCAAGAUUGAAUUUUAGGAUGAGUAGAAUCUAAAUAUAUGUACCUUCUUUUAAAGAAAAGCACUUUAAAGCUAUAUCAACUUUGUUAGUGGAAUUUUAUUCCAGAAGAGUAGAAGUUGGCACCUGGGAGCACUCUUGGACCGUUUUCCUAUUGAGGAGGGGUUUAUUUUGGUAAAGUAACACUACCACUGUAGCCCGAUGGCUACUGCAGUGGGAUCAGAUCUCAGGUCACAUCAGUUCAGUAGCUCAGCCUGUAGCUCUGCUCUCUCAAAUUGUGGGGCACAGUGAGAAGGGUUUUUUAGAAGCUGGUCCCUAUGUCUUUUCAUGCACACAAAUCUGCUUAUUAUGACCACAGUUCAUUGGGGAUGGCAGAAGUAGUACAUAAAGCUAAUGUAAGCAUAAUAUUUUAUAUUAUGUAAAAUAUUUACAUCAUGUAGAAGAAAUUUUUUAAAAUUUGUAAAAUUUUGUCAGAAAAACUUUUUUUUCUCAAUAAAAAUCACCUACUUUCCAAUGGAUAAUUCUACAUCUUAUACAGUCCUUAUUUCAUUUUUUCACAGGUUAUCCUAGUUGACAUCAAAGCAUGCACCCAUUUUAAAUAUUUCGGGAAAUCUCAUUAAACACUGAAAAGGAUAAUGCCUUGUGGGUUGCUGUAUAGUAAUUUCAAUCGUUUUUUUCCCCAGUUUAUAUUGACUCCAUUCUCCUGACAACUCAGUAGGGUGUCACGGCUAUUUUUGCUUCCUUUUGCCUAAUUUAGCAUCAUGCCCCUGAUUGUUUACAUUUCACUUAAUCAUAGCUUUUGAGAUGUAGCACACCUCUCUUUGUUCUAGAGAUAUGAUAUGAAAAUAACCUAAACAGUUAGAACACAGGUAAACUUCAGGUCUUUUGAUUUCGAAUUCAGCAUGUAUUGUGUUCUGUCGUGUUCCAGUAUUCUUGAUAGUUCUCUAAAAUGUUGUCAAGAAGUGCCUAAGAUCUUUGUGAUCUCGCCAAAGAGUUUAGAAGUAUGUAUGUGUGUUGUUUGUUUUUCCUCCUGUAAGGAUUCCUGAGAUAAAUUAUCUAAAUUUUCACUGAAAACUCUAAUACAUGAAGGUAGUUACACGGUUCCAGCAAUGACUGAACUUGAACCAUGAUUUACAUACCUUCCCUGUUAAGUGCCAGUCUGGUUCUCACUACAGAUGAGCAAAUCUGCUUUUUCCACAGUGAGAAAAACAUCUAGAGACAAUUCUACAAUUAGAGUUUUGUGAUACUAAUGGAAAGUACGUGUAUGUACACGUACUUAAAAUGAGCUAUACAAUUUGUUGGGAGUUCAGUGAUCCCUCCUUUAAAAACUACAACUGUGAAGCUAUAAGACCUCACAGUGAUCAUCUCUUUGUUGACAUAAAUGUGAUAAAUCUUGCCUAAGAAAUAUAUAAUUCUUUGUUUUUCUUGCUAAGCCUUAAAGUUCUCAUGGGCAAGGGAUGAGAAAGGGUCUUCUGAGGACUAUGAUUUGAUUGUCUUUUAUUAACAGCCUGAGUGCUUUGUGAUGGUCUUUCACUGUGUGUCUGAGGGAACCCUAAGUGUUGUUUCUGACUCUGAGCAGGCUAAUUUGCUCAUCAUAGACAAUGGACCUGUUGACAAACAGGUACAUUCUCCUUACCCUGUCCUUCUAUAUGUGAUAUAGUUGAUUUCUAGGUUUAUGAUUUUCCCCAUUAUAAUUAAUCAGCAGCAUGAUAUAUCUGCUGUUUAUCAUAUAAUGGCUUUCUUGAUGGGUGGCAUAAGGAAUAUUUUAAAUUAAAAUUAAAUUUUUUUUGUCUUUUGCUCUGAAUUGGAGAGAUGCUUUUUAGUACCUUUGCCCAAGAUUACAUACUAACCACAUCUUAAAUAUAUGUAUUAAUUAAUGUGUUCAUCAUAGUACAAAAUAUGAAGAAUAGAGUUAUGAGUGAGACUUGAGAUGUUUCACUUUUAGAUUUUUCAAGUGGCAAGGAACUUUUAGAUAUUUAGUCUCAGAAAUGGAAAACCUACUACAAAAACAUUUUUUUCUUCUUUUCUUUUCUUUUCUUUUUUUUUUAGACAGAGUUUCCCUCACUCUGUCGCCCAGGUUGGAGUGCAGUGGCACAAUGAUCAUGGCUUAUGUGGCAGCCUCGAACUCCUGGGCUCGAGAGAUCCUCUCACCUUAGCCUCUGGACUAGCUGGGGCUGGGGACAUGCACCACCACCAUGCCUGGCUAAUAUCUCUCUAGAUCCAAGGUCUCACUAUGUCUCAUAGGCUGGUCUCAAACACUUGGGCUCAAGCGAUUCUCCAGCCUUGGUCUCCCAAAGUGUUGGGAUUAUAGACAUGAACCAUUGUGCCUAGCCGUUUUUUUUUCAUAAGAGUAGUUAGACCAACUCUUCCUUUAAAAAACAGAUGCAAGGUUUUCUUAAAUUAAACAGAAAAAUAGAUUGGUGCCCUCGUUCCAUAAUUUUCUUUUCAACCACAAAGGGAUUUUUUUUUUAAAAAGAUUGAUUUUAAAGAUAUUUAAAUACUAAUUUUUGGAUUAUAAUUAUUGGUCAUUAUGGUAAUGCCUUUUUUAAAAAGAGAAAUAGCUAAUCAUGAAGUCUGACAAUUUAAAUAAAGACAGUUUAGGUAAAUUUAUAUCUUAAAGUGAAAAAUGGAAUCACUUAAUUUUGUUACUAUAUUUUUGGUCAUAAAAAUAUACUGAUUGAAGAAAAUGUUUUCAAACAAAUUGUACAUUUAUCUUUUGCCCAAGAAAUCUAUUUUUAUCUGAGCUAGGUAAAACUUAAGUCAGUGUAAAACAAGUUGUUUGGAAACUCUUAAAUCUUUUUGAAAACAUUACAACGAAAUAACAAAAGUUUUCCAAAAGAGUCUGGUUAAGCAUUGAGCUAGAGCACAGCAUUUUCACAAUUCCCCCCACACACACUACACUUCUUUAAAUGUGCCAGUUAAAAUCAUUUAAUCAAGCUUUUUGGGAACGUUUGAGUGUGUCAGAGGUGACGUAUUGUGUAUAGACAAAGGUAAGAGAAAACCAGCCCAGGAAUGAGAACAUCAUUCCUGCACUGUAUGUGCAUAUGUGUUUGUGGUGUGUUUUUCCUUUGCUCUAAUGGUAUUCCUCCCUUCCCCCAAAACCUCGGGUGUAUUUUCACUAAUAGUGAUGUCAGGUUAGGUACUUUUGGGAACAGUUGGAAAGGAAAACAGCAAGGGAGAGGAGGAUUGGAUCAUCGUGUUAUGAUUGGGAGGGAAGGCAGUCUAGGGAAUUGGUUUCUGUGGGUAGCUCAUGAGGGAGAGCUUUGCAGUAGAAGAGGAGUCAAACCUUUUGGGAGGGUGAGGGGAAUAAAUUGGACAUUUCAGGGGGUCCCUGGAAUUGAAAGAAGCAGUCAAAGCAUUAAGGGAAGUCUUUUUGACACUACUCAAAGGAAGCCAGUGAGGGAAAGCAAUGAGCUCCUUUGAGAAAAUUCUGGGAUAGGAGCAUGGGGGCCUGGGAGGGGAGGGAAUCUCUCAAGUACCUUUGUUGUUGGCUCCACAUAGGUCCCUGGUGUGUGAAAGGAUCUAAAUAGGUGUAGUUAUAAGUGGGUUGGCCCUGUAAAUCUGUUCGUAUAUGUGAAUGUCUUUCUGAUUUCCUCUUCUUUUUACAUUCUUAUCUGAGUAUGGGAAUGGCUGAAGGCUUUAUUGCUAUCUGUGUGUUGCAUGCUAUGUGGAUCUUUUAAGGCGUGACCUUAUCAAAGUUGGCAUCUAAAUGCAAAAGAAAAUGCAGGGCAAGCUUGUUCUAGUUGGGGUUCCUGUCACCAGACCAUAGCAAUUUGGAACAAUGGAUACAUUACCUGAAUUCGCUGGCAGCAAGCAGAGUCCCUGCUUCUGUGCAUGCCCUUAUCAGUGAUUAAAAUAGUGCCUCGUACUCUGCGUACUAUCUAGAAGAGAACACCUCCUUCCCAUUCUCUUCCUUUCCCUAUUCUUUAUUAAUAUUUUGGGGGGAAUGCUUUCAUUUCAAUAGUUAGAAAAUGUGGAAAAACAAGAUUGCAAGGUUGAGGUGAAAGUAGUACAAGAUUGGAAGAAUGAAACUCUUUUUUCUUCACUCAGUAAAAUGAUACUUUUGGCUCAAGGCCUGGGGAACAUAGGCGAGUUAGGAUGGUGCAGACAGGACUAGCAACAAGUUUGUUAAGGAAUGGGCUGAGAACCCUUUGCCUCUGCCCUGUGGUUUACUACUGAAUUUGAGUUGUAACUCUUUUUUUUUUUUGUCCGUUAGAAGCAGUGGUAGAGAGAUUACACACUAAGCUUUAAAACCACAGCAAAACAAAACUUUUAAAACACUUGUGCAGUAACCUCAGAAGACCAGUUAAUACAUUCUGUUUUAACUGUACUAUUAAUGUUUUUUGCAAGUUUGCAAUACUUCUAGACAUGGAGGUCUUUUUCCCCCUUACAUUUUAUGUAUAUUGCAAAUCAAAUCUGAGGUGUGGCUUGUGAGCAUUAAAAUAAUGAAAACAAAACACAGUUUUAUCCAGGAAAUAUGUAAUUUUGAAUACCAAAAAUAUUUUAAAUUUAUCAUUUAUGUAAUAUAAGUAUCAUCACUUUUAUUCAAUACAUUUCAAAAUAUACUACUCUUUUUAGCAAAUUCAAAGUCCUUUUAACAUUUUCUUAUAAAUCUGAUAUCACUAUAUUUGUAACUAAGGAAUUUUAUGGUGAGAUUAUUUGAACUUUGUUUAUUUCUGUAACAGUUGUUCUAAGUUAUAAAAACGAACAUCUUUAACACAUCUAUAUAGACUUUAAAAUAGCUUAUUUGUAAUUUAAACUAUCUUCAAAUAUUUUGCUAUAUUCCUGUUUCCCCUAAUUAUUCAAAGUUUACAAAACAAACAUUUAUUGACGAUCAGUGAUGUCAUAGUUUUAUUGUAAGAAGACAUUUCCUUUCAGAGAAUUAACAUAGAAAUAAGGAAGGUUAAAGAGAUUUCCUAUCCUUUCCUUAAAGAAAAAAAGCCUAUUUAUCACUUGCCAUCUUAUACUCAUUCAUUCAUUCUCUCAUUCACUAUACAUUCAGUAAGUGCCCACUAAACAUUUAUUAAGCCUUUCUUUUCAUUCAGUCUGUUGAUUUGAUAAAUCAGAAGGUUAUCUUUGAUAAGUAUUCAUAUAAUACUUUUUAUUAUCCUUUUGGGAUUGUUUAUUAAGCUGUCUGUCCAAGCUUUGAAGACAGUCUGCAAUGGUUCAAAUCUAAGCAUUGCCAUUAGUUGUGAUAUAUGUGUAUACAUGUCUGUUGGUCUCUCUAUCAUCAUUUAUCACAAUUUAUCAUUGUUUACCCAAAAGAAUAACUAGCUACUGACUGACUGACCUUGUAUGAAUAAAUUAAUAUCUCUGAGCCUCAGUUGACUUACCUGUACAAAGUGAGAAUACUUAUAUUUUUUAAGAUUGUUAGAUUAGUUGUAUAUUUAAGCCCCCCCUACAGUAUUUAGAACAUGUGAGUAGCGUGGUUACUUACUAUUGUUUAUAUUGCCAUUAUCCUGACCACUAUAUAGACUUGACCCUCCAGUUAUUUCCUUGGGUCCAUGCCAUCUUACCGCUCUUAUUUUUCCAUUACUGCUUAUCUCACAAUAUUCGAGAGUAAAAAGGAACCUUUUUACAACGAAAGACUGCCCAUUUCUCACAUGUGCUUUCAACUUGAUGCCUUCAUGCAUGCUGUUUUGCUUGCUGUUGUAGAGCAGCAGAAUAUUACUGAGGAAGCACUUCUUUUUAAAAAAAUUUUCUGGUACAGCUGGAAAUAUGACAAGAAAAAUAGAACAAUUGAUUAUUAGUUAAAUCAACAUAUUAUUCUAUAAAUUCAAUAAAAUUGAGACCCUUCCCUUCCUUUAAAUGUUAUAUUUAGUCUUAUUAAAAUUCAUUUUGCUAUAUGCUGUGGAUUUUUAUGCAUUAUUUUUGUUUAAUUUCUAAUGAAGAGUUAUUGAGAUUUUAUGAGAUUGACGUCCUAUUUACUUUAAAAAUUUUCUAUUGCUUGUACAUUGGGAGCAAACCAAGAAGAGGUGCGAAAACAACCUCCCAACUUGUCUUGGUGAAUUGUGAAUUGCUCUGGUUUAUUCUUGUUUGUAUUACAUUUAAUGGACAAGUCCUGUACGCUGCUAUACAUUUGAAUUCAGUUUUGAAAAUUAUCAAUUUGCAAAUUUUGUCUUUUUCCACUUUCUUUUUCUGUUUCAAGAGCUUAUUACCUUUGCUCCAGCUGGAUAGAAGUUGGGCAGACAGAUACCCUGACAACUGCCAACAGCACCAUGCCUUGGUUUUCCCGGGUACAGAAAGUAGUCAAUAUUUCUGGGACUACGCAUCUGUCCCAUCUGAAAGAUGCCGCUCACAAAUUCUAGUUUAAAUACAGAAUUAUUGAAAACAUGAAAAUCACCACUUCUUUAAAAAUAUGUAUUGUAUGUGCUUCUUUCCUGGUUUUACCAAAACAAGUAAAAAAGAUCCAUGUAGCAGAUUUAGGUCUACAGCCAGCAAAUUGCUUCCUGGUUGCUUGCAUGGUGACAAUGUUCUAAGUGCCAGUUUUGAAUACUAGUAACCUGUCAUGGAUCAGUUAUCUGAAAUGGCAGAUUUAUUUGUUAUGGGAGGAAUGACAUUAUUUCCUGUCCUUUAGACAGAGCUAAAGUGAGAAUAAAGUAGUAAGAAAGUGUUUCUUUGCACUCUAGGUGUGAAUGUACUAUCAUUUGUGCUACUGAUUUGAUUGCCACAGCUACUAUCAUUAGCAUCUUGGACCAAACAUGGAACAAGCUGUACUAUAUUUCAUGUAUGAUGGAAUACAGAGACUGAUUAAAAAUACUCUUAAAGCAAAUUCAGUAAAGCUAGAAAUGCAGAGUGAUGAAGAGUGUGACAGGAAACCCCUGAGCCGUGAAGAUGAGAUCAGGGGCCAUGAUGAGGGCAGCAGCCUAGAAGAACCCCUAAUUGAGAGCAGCGAGGUGGCUGACAACAGGAAAGUCCAGGAGCUUCAAGGCGAGGGAGGAAUCCGGCUUCCGAAUGGUAAACUGAAAUGUGACGUCUGUGGCAUGGUUUGCAUUGGGCCCAAUGUGCUUAUGGUACAUAAAAGGAGUCACACUGGUGAACGCCCCUUCCACUGUAACCAGUGUGGAGCUUCUUUUACUCAGAAGGGCAACCUUCUGAGACACAUAAAGUUACACUCUGGAGAGAAGCCGUUCAAAUGUCCUUUCUGUAGCUACGCCUGUAGAAGAAGGGACGCCCUCACAGGACACCUCAGGACCCACUCUGUGGGUAAACCUCACAAGUGCAACUACUGUGGACGAAGCUACAAGCAGCGCAGUUCACUGGAGGAGCACAAGGAACGCUGCCACAACUAUCUCCAGAAUGUCAGCAUGGAGGCUGCUGGGCAGGUCAUGAGUCACCAUGUACCUCCUAUGGAAGAUUGUAAGGAACAAGAGCCUAUUAUGGACAACAAUAUUUCUCUGGUGCCUUUUGAGAGACCUGCUGUCAUAGAGAAGCUCACGGGGAAUAUGGGAAAACGUAAAAGCUCCACUCCACAAAAGUUUGUGGGGGAAAAGCUCAUGCGAUUCAGCUACCCAGAUAUUCACUUUGAUAUGAACUUAACAUAUGAGAAGGAGGCUGAGCUGAUGCAGUCUCAUAUGAUGGACCAAGCCAUCAACAAUGCAAUCACCUACCUUGGAGCUGAGGCCCUUCACCCUCUGAUGCAGCACCCGCCAAGCACAAUCGCUGAAGUGGCCCCAGUUAUAAGCUCAGCUUAUUCUCAGGUCUAUCAUCCAAAUAGGAUAGAAAGACCCAUUAGCAGGGAAACUGCUGAUAGUCAUGAAAACAACAUGGAUGGCCCCAUCUCUCUCAUCAGACCAAAGAGUCGACCCCAGGAAAGAGAGGCCUCUCCCAGCAAUAGCUGCCUGGAUUCCACUGACUCAGAAAGCAGCCAUGAUGACCACCAGUCCUACCAAGGAAACCCUGCCUUAAAUCCCAAGAGGAAACAAAGCCCAGCUUACAUGAAGGAGGAUGUCAAAGCUUUGGAUACUACCAAGGCUCCUAAGGGCUCUCUGAAGGACAUCUACAAGGUCUUCAAUGGAGAAGGAGAACAGAUUAGGGCCUUCAAGUGUGAGCACUGCCGAGUCCUUUUCCUAGACCAUGUCAUGUACACCAUUCACAUGGGUUGCCAUGGCUACCGGGACCCACUGGAAUGCAACAUCUGUGGCUACAGAAGCCAGGACCGUUAUGAGUUUUCAUCACACAUUGUUCGAGGGGAGCACACAUUCCACUAGGCCUUUUCAUUCCAAAGGGGACCCCUAUGAAGUAAAGAACUGCACAUGAAGAAAUACUGCACUUACAAUCCCACCUUCCCUCAAAUGUUGACAUACCUUUUAUUUUUUUUUAAUAUUAUUACUGUCGAUAAUUCUUAUUUUGUGGAGGCAGUGUCAUUUGCUCUGCCUAAUUACGAUAAGGAAGAAACAGAAGAGAGAAGAGACGGGAAUAUUGUUUCUUUAUCACCUGGCUUGUUUAUUUUGUGGGAAUUUAAGAGCAGUCCAUUUCUACCAAGGCAUAUCAUGCUUUGAAAAAUCACUUGAUUCAUAAAGAUUCACCUAGGAGAUUCUGAUUUGCCACUGAUAUUCAGGAUUAUGAUGGAAGACAGGAAAGUUUAGACUUUUCUGGGUAGGACUUUGGUGGUUUAAAAAUGGUAUAAGUAACUUUAUUCUUGAAAGAAGAAUGUGUUUCAAACUGUAAACCAAUUUUUUGUUCUUCAGAGAUCAUGGAACACAAACACAUUGUUAUUUUCAGUGAUAACUCCUAAGAGGAGCUGAGUUGUUGUGGGUUCUAUGUUUACUUCCCCUAUGGAAUUAAUAAUUCAGUAUGUUUUACACUGUACCAUAUAGCAAAACUUUUAAACUACAGGUAGUUAAGGGCCACCUACAAUACAUCUGAGGUCCUGUGAUCUUAUUUUUCUAAACGUAAGCACUGUUUUUCCAUAGUUUUGAUGACUGGCAUUUUAUAGACACCCUGGCAGCCUUACUUUUAACACCUUUAAGGAAUAGUAUUUUUAUGUAGUUUUCAGAAUAACAUAUGGUCUAAGAGUGGAUAAAAGGCAGUCAAUAACUUCUGGGAGGGACUUCUACUUUCAUAAAUUUGUUUGAGAGGUUUUCCUUUAAAGUUGUAAUGUGAUGGCAGCAUAGUAUAUGUAUUUGUUUCUAAAAGUAUGCUUACGAUUGUCACUUUAUCAGCAUUUAAUCAGUGUUAACCAGUCAGCAGAAAAAUAUAAUUAUGCUAACAGUAGGGGGAGAAAACCCACUUAGAAAUCCCUUUUCUGGUAUUUCUCUUUUCACUAGUUUUUUUCAAGAUGUGACCUCCCAGUGUUCUGUCCACAGUUCAUUCAUCCUUUACUCUUUAAGUAGAAGGUCUUAAAAGUCUUGCUGUCGGCUAUUUCUUUCAAAAUCUCCUCAGAGCAAUUGCUAAUUUGACCUGAAUCUGGUAACUUGAACCCUGUAAGGUUAUAGAACUAGGGCUAUUUAUUUUAGCAUUUCUUCAGUAGUAUUUACUACUCUUGCUGCAAAGAAAAGGGAAUGGGACUUCUUUGUAACCUGUACCUUGGACAACAGAUAAAAGAAACAAAAAAAUAAGAAAGUUUGCUUUUACCCUUCUUGGAGUCUAGAAUGUGACAGAACCCCCAAAGGAAGGUCCUGCACAUUUUUCUGUUUCCAAAACAUUUAAUUGUGUAAGUCCUUGUCAGAAAUGAAUCUCAAUCCCUUAGUAUAGAAUUCCCCUUACAUGGUAUAGGUUGCCAUAUUUCAUGUGCAGAUUUUAAUUUCAUUUAUGUGGGUGCUCUGUUUUUUCUUCGUAGUCCAACCACAUUAGAGGGGAGGAACCGAGUGAUACUGAUUCAAGUCAUUUUAGGGGGACAUACUUGGAAGGCAGAACUUGCUGCUUCUGUUUGGGGAGGACAGGCCUGACUGUGACUGGAUUAUCUGAUAACCAUUUGUGAAUACUGAAAUUCUGUUAGGCAGUAACUGAUAACUGCUCUAAAAGAUCAUUAAAUAGGAUGCUGAAAUUAUGUAUCUUAGUACAGGGUGGUAUGAGAAUUACCAAGUCAAGAGAAUUGUGGACAUAAACAAGUUUGGCCCCAGUACUGAUCUUAACUCAUUUUCCAGCUUACCAUUUGCUAUUUAAAUGGUAAGCACCAGCUAAGCACUUCUAAGCACUAACACAGCUAGAACUAGGCAAAAAUGGUUAGAACUCAGCUCUCUUCUGCUAGUCCCUAUCAUAAUUAUUUUUGGGAAAAUGUCCAAACUGCCCCUUUAAAUCUAAGGGAAUGCACCAAAACAGAGAUAUAUAGAAUGUCAACCAUUUCAUUUUUUUUUUUUCUGCAUGCCUUGGUACAUUGUGAACAUACAACCUAUUCAAAGAUAAAGCAUGUUUUUGAGACUUGCUCACCCCCCCGCCCAAUCACUCCCAAAUAAUAAUUGGAAUGCCAUUUUUUUUCCUUUUGGAUGAGGUAAAUAAUUUUAAGGUUCAUAAUUUUGUCUUUUACUGCAAUUUAAGGAAACAUUUGGAUGUCAGUCAAUAUGUUCAUAAUUUAGGCUGCAUGUGAAUUUCUGCUGCCAUUAUCUAUGAAUUUUCUUCCUGCUUAUUUUUUUUUUUUUUCAAUAUAUGAACAAUCAUACAUCUACCUGCCCCGGGAUGAAACUGAAUUUAGGUGGACCCUAAACCUUAUGAAGACAGUGCUAAGGCACUUUCCUUUUCUGAUUUCAUCUUUUUGGGAAUCUGUUUUAUUGAAGGUAGGUAGUAGUUGAGAGUGCAUUUGCUACAAGCAUAUACUUGUAUUUUCCUAGCUUCAUGAGGAACAGAAAGAGGUGGAUAUGGCUCAGGGUGUGGCAGGGACAAAUGAGGACAAGGUCAAUUCAAAUUUGUGGGUCAGAAAGAAUUUUUGUGGACAUAGUGUUUUUGGAGAAACUCUGGAUGGUUAUAUUUGCAUGGCUUUUCUUCACAAAAGGAAAUACGCAAGGUUGUAGCAUCUAAAAAUAAAUAUAAGAGUCAGACACCAAAUAAAUCAAGUUUUACAUAACAGUUGUAUGCCCAGUUUAUUUAGGUGAGAUUUCGCAUUACAGAAAGUAUUUGAGGAGCAUGAAAAUGGGUUAUCUUCUGUAUUUUCCAGUUUGGCAAAAGUUCAGAAUUUCAUCACAUUGCUUUUCCCUAAUUUUGCCCAGAAUUUUAUCUUAGCCUCUCUCUGACAGUGAUGAAUCAUGCUUAAAAAGCCAUUCUCAUUGGACCUUUUUAAGACAGGGAAAGGGACCAGUAGGCAGAUUGGAAGAAAUUUCAAGUCAUUGAAAUAUUCCAUUGAGAUUUCCUAAAGGGACAAAAUUGGGAAAAUAACAAACUACAACUUAGAUUUGGCUACGUAGUAGAAAGUAUCUCCCCUACAUACAUACAGGUAAUUGUAUGUAUGAAUCGUAGGGUAUAUGUGUGUGUGUGUAUUACACACACAUUCUUUUUAAAGAGAAUUCAUGGGAAAAAAAAGCAGUUGGAGUGAUCAGAUAUAUUGCAAAAACCUACAGAGAAUUUAAAUGACAGUUAAUACCAGAAAUUAGUUGGAUUUACUUUAUCAGGUCUUAAUAGGAAUCACUAAAGAAGUUACUAGUAUGUCUUUAGGACCAGUGGCAACUCUUAAACUAAAACUUUGGGUCCUUAUUAUUUACUUACAGAACAAAGUGAAAAACAAUGAUUAAGCUGAUUGGAUAUAAAUUCAAAGAUAUUUAAUGUAAAGUUUUUUGGAAUAGGAAGAAAAUUCAGAAAAUAAAUAUUAUCAACAGUUACCUAUUGGCAAAUGGAGAAAGACAAGAACAGUUUAGUGAGCCCGGUAUUUUGUUUCUAUAGUUUUUAUCUCAGUUGUACAACUCACAAAACCCUGAAGUCUUUGGUAUUUUAUAAAUGUUUAACAAAAUUUACAUCAGAUUAAGGCAUUUAGAAGAAAAUUAUUAUGUUCUCACUAUCUUCCAAAUUUUAUUUCAUCCUAUCUCCAAAAUAAUUUCUUAGGGUAGAAAAAGAGCAGAAGGGGCUGUAAAAAUACAAACAAAAAACCAUGUGCCCCUAGUUUCAGGCAGAACUUAAACUGUCAGAGGUACUAGCUACAUGAUUUGUUUUUUAACUUUGGAUUGUUCACAUCCAAAAAUGGAUAAAUUACAUCUGUGUUUAUCAUCAGUUAUAUUUUAUGUAUUAUUUUAAUAAAUACUAUCUGAAUGAAGACUAUUCUAAACCAGAAAAUUCCCCAAAUCCAAAAGAAAAAAAAAGUGGGAAGGGGUGAAAUUGAAGUUUGUAUAUAUGAAAGUUAUCUUAGACAUAUUUUUAAUUCUCCAGUUUCUGCAAAAUAAUUAAAAUAUACAGUAACUGGUCUCCUAAGUCCUGAAUUUAAUGUAUUAAAUACUUAUGUUCUUUAUAUUGGUGCCUUUUUAAAAUGCAUUGAGAGUGUUGGUUAGCUGUUGCAGCUGUACAACACUUUUAAUAUGCAUUUUUAAAAAUCACUUAAAAUUGAGUACUAUAUAAUUCAUCUCUGCGUUUUUAGGGCAAAUCUUUAGAGCAAUUUCUAAUACAGAAAUUUUCAGCUCAGCUGUUAAAAGGAAAAGGAAACUUUGAAACUAGACUUUAAUACCUCUUUAGUUUCAUUGUAUUUCUGAAUAUGAUUACAAGAUUAUGCAGGUAAAAUAUAGAGUGAAACUUUACCUGUGAAUUGAAUUAUAAUUUGUGUUUUUGUUUUGUUUUUAAGGAAGAAUAAGUUCUGUAUCAAACAAGAAUUUAUUAGAUAAUUUUUUGGUCAAUAAGAUACAGUAUUCAUUUGGAUUUUCAUCUCCAGACUAGUAUUGUUCUAGUCUUGGAAUCUGUAUUUUCUAAUCUGUUAGAAAAUAGAGAUUGAAAAUUGAUGGAAUAAUGUGAAAAAGCAGGUAAUUAAUUCUCCUUGAACAAAGCAAAACUGAACAGUCAUAUCACAUUGCUAUUCUCCAAAGCAUAAUCUCAAAUGGUUUCAUAUCAUAGUUGUGUAUUACUUGCAAUGGGCGUGUUAGGAUAUGACAGCUUUUUAAAAAAAUGAGCUGCUGGUUAUACAAAGCAAAUGGCAUAUGACCAAGAAGCUGUGAUAUGCUAGUGUUUCUUUUUAUCAUAGUGUAUUACUAGGCCAAAUGACACCUUGAAUAUUUUUACAUUUAUUGCAGAAACCUUAAACUUUGGAAUUUCCAUAAGGUUUUUAUGUAAUAUUCUAUUUCUAGCUUUUUAGUUUUAUCUUGCUGUACUGUAAGUUUGAGGAUAUUUUUCACAUGCACUCUUAGGAAUAAGUUCAUAAUUCUGUUUAUGGGGCUUUCCUCCCAUAACACUGCAUUUGUAUAUUUUCUGUAUAAAAUAUGUGUUGUGUAUUAACCUUUAUCCCAUACAGAGAGUGGUACAUGAAUGACAGUUUUCUAAGAUGUCCUUUUUAUUGUGAAUAAAGUAUAAAAUUUAGAGGCCCUCUGCUAAGCCACAUAAAGUACAGCAUAUAAGUUCAUAUAGGUACAAAUAAAUGAGUUUGCAGUGAAUUGGGCCUUCAAAUUACCUCAAGUGACACAUAGUAAGAAAAGCUUCUUGAGCAGGUGGAGGUCACUGAAUCCCCUACUAUGCACUUAUCAAGAUUUUACUUACUUUAAUUUACUGGAAAUUGAUUUUUUUUAAAAAAAUGAGUACACUGUAACAAGGGAAGGGAUCUGGGUUUUUUUGUUGUUGUUUUAUUCUUUUUUUUUUUUAAGUAGUUCAAAUUCUGAAACUGUGAUUUAAAAAUUUUUGACAGCCAAGCAUUCUGAUUUUGAACAUAACUCCCUUCCCUUUCUGUGUAACAGGUCUCUCUGUUAUCUCUUAAAUUUUGUUACAUCUCCCGCAGCCUCUUUCUUUGUCCAUCUCCCUUCUGUCAUUAUCUAUGGAUGUUUACCUCUCUGUUCUCCUAAAAGUUUGAAGAUUAGGUCAACUCUUAUUUCUAGUUCAUUGGUAAUUUAAUCUUAAUUUUUUUGUUCGUGAUUUUUGUUGGUUGUAUAAUCUGCUGACGUAUUUUUAUACUCAAGUGUAGUUUUAUAUUAAAAAGAAAAGUGGUUGGAUUAAAAAUAGUAAGCUAUAUAACCCUCAUGUUAUUUUCACUUUCAAAUAUUGGGUACCUAAAACAUUACUUCAGAGAUUAUGUAAUCCUAUUAUAGUAUGUUUGCUUUCCUUUAUUGUUGGAUUUUACAUUCUGAUUUGGCUUUCCUCCAAAAAAUGUAUAUCAUGAAAGACUAGACAGUUAUUUGCAAGUGUUUAGAAAGGUGUUACAAAUGUAAAGCAAAGAGUCUUAACUUUCUCCUAAUUGGGAGAAAAAUGCUUUAACGUUACUAUAAUAAUAUUCCAGGUUUGGAGGGGGUCUCCAGGCCCCAUAUUUGCUGUUAAUAGUUGGACCUUUUAGACCAUGUGUUAUUUGCAAUCCUAGAAUGAUUGCUUCUGCUAUUAGUUAAAAAGAUACUAUUCUUUUCUUUCUGUACAAGUGCAAUACUCCCCUUGAAGUCUUAAAAACUAUGGUGAUAUUUUUUUUCUUUUCUGACCUAUUAUUCCUUUAGCUAAUGGCAAAAAGAAACUCAUAAAAGUCAUAGUAUGUUAAAGGACACAACAAGCAAAGAGAAAAACACUCCACAAUCAAAAGAUUACAGAAUGUGGAAACCACUAGUCUGAUCUCAUGGUAUCUUUAUUUAAGCUAAAUUUCCAUGGAAAUUAGUAAUCUUUUGCUUGAAAAAUGUGUCCUAAAGUUGAACUUUUUACAGAUUGAAUCUUCUUCUUAGACCCUCGCCCAAUGCUCUAAAUUAAGAACCUAAUACUUAAUAUUUUUAUUUUACUUCUCCCCUUUUAGAAAUAAACUUUUAAAUAAAAGCAAAGCACUUAGCUGAGUUUUAAACACUUACAUAUCACCUAUUGGAGAAAAUUUUUUAAAAAUAUUUGGAGCAGUCCUGUUUUCAUACAAAUUUAAGUAAGAAGUAUUUUUCUUAUACAUAUUUAUAUGUAGUGUGCUAAUUUUCUUUUUUUAUACCUGUGUCCCUGUAGUAAAACUGCUGUAAUAUAAAUACAUGUUUUGUUAAAAGAUAACAUUUCUUUGGCAUUUCUUUUAAAGGCAGUUACUGCAUUUCUGCAUUUGUACAGUAUGUGUCUUGGCCAUUUUAGAUAUUUUUUCUUUAACAAUACCAAAGGUAAUUAGACUAUUUUAAAGACUAAUUGCUUGACAGUUUCUAGGGUAUUUUGUGUUUUAGAAGCGAAAAAAAAAAAAAAAAAAAAAAAGGUCAAACCAGUAAACCUCAUUUUUUUUCAAAUAAUAAUUUGGGGAAAUAAAAAUUAUUGUUUAAAAAAGAAAUAUAUAUAUAUAUAUAAAUAUAUAUGUAAAGUUAAAAUUCCAGACCUUGUAUGUCAGGUUUGCUAAGUGUAAUGUAAUUUUUUUAAGGCUCAAAUACCAUACCUCAGAAAAUGAGGUUUACUAUGGAAAUACUGAAACAGUCUUUGCAGCUGUGUGACAAGUCACUCUACUACAUACUGAUUUGGAGACCUCCGCUAAACAGUUUUAUCACUGCAGACUAAAAUGUGGGACUUGUAUCUUCUUUGUUUUUAAUGCACACACAUACAUGUUCUGUGCAUGUAUGUGGUUACUGUGUAUAUGUGUAUGAGUGUUGUAUAUGCAUGUGUGAGUGUGUGUCUGUAUGUGUGUACAACUAAAGAAGCUGCAGAAACUUUGUAAUACUUUGUGAAAAGGAUUAUAUUAUAAAGGUUUGUACUGUCUGAGUGCACAGCUACUGGAAUAAAUUUAGGGAAUCUCAGGAACAAGCAUAUAAUUUGUCCAAGAUUUAUUUCUUCUCAGAAGUGUAAGUGCAGUUUUUAAUUCUGUAUAUUAUUUAAUAUUUUACCAAUAAAAUAAACUUCUGACAUAAAAA